UAAACCCCCCCACCCCUCUCUCUCUCCUUAGUGUUCCAGUUCAGCACUUGUUUCUAUUUCUACUUCCAAACCUCAAAAGCAGCUCCCUUUUCUCUCUCUCUCACUUUGUCUGUCUCUUCCCUCAUCUAUCUUCGUUUUGUUUUUUGGUGGGUUCUUUUGUGACUGAACUGAAUAGCUUUGUAUGGUUUUGAAAGAUUGAAGCUUUACUUACUCAAAUGGCUAUUUUCCCGCUGCUUUUGCUUUUACUUGUCUCUGCUGUUGCUGGUGAUGAGGAUGCCUUUGUUGGUGUGAACAUUGGUACAGACUUAUCUGACAUGCCCAGCCCUACUCAAGUGGUGGCCCUUCUCAAGGCUCAAAGUAUCAAAUAUGUCAGGCUUUAUGAUGCUGAUCGAGCCAUGCUCCUUGCACUUGCCAACACAGGCAUCCAGGUGACUGUCUCUGUCCCCAAUGACCAACUCCUUGGCAUUGGUCAGUCAAAUGCCACUGCCGCCAACUGGGUGGCUCGCAAUGUUAUAGCCCAUGUCCCUGCUACCAACAUCACGGCAAUAGCUGUUGGAUCUGAAGUUCUAACUGCACUCCCAAAUGCUGCUCCAGUCCUUGUUUCUGCCUUAAAGUUUAUCCACUCUGCCCUUGUUGCUUCUAAUCUUGAUGGUGAAAUCAAAGUCUCUACUCCACAUUCUUCUUCAAUUAUUCUGGACUCUUUUCCACCUUCUCAAGCUUUCUUUAAUCGCUCAUGGGACCCAGUCAUGGUUCCAUUGCUAAAAUUUUUGCAGUCUACAGGGUCGUACCUCAUGCUCAAUGUAUAUCCAUAUUAUGAUUACAUGCAAUCAAAUGGAGUGAUCCCAUUGGACUAUGCUCUUUUCCGUCCUCUCCCUCCUAAUAAAGAAGCUGUGGAUGCUAACACACUCUUGCAUUACACUAAUGUCUUUGAUGCUGUUGUUGAUGCAGCAUAUUUUGCAAUGUCUUAUUUAAACUUCACCAAAAUUCCAAUUGUAGUGACUGAGACUGGUUGGUCUUCUAAGGGUGAUUCAUCUGAGCCUGAUGCAACACUUGAAAAUGCUAAUACAUACAACAGUAACUUGAUCAGGCAUGUUCUUAACAACACCGGAACCCCUAAACACCCCAGGAUUGCAGUUAGUACUUACAUCUAUGAGCUUUACAAUGAGGAUUUGAGACCUGGGUCAGUUUCAGAAAAAAAUUGGGGGCUAUUUGAUGCCAAUGGUAUACCAGUUUAUAUCUUACACUUGACAGGUGCUGGUACCGUGUUGGCGAAUGACACUACAAACCAAACUUUCUGUGUUGCAAAGGAGGGUGCUGAUCCGAAGAUGUUACAGGCAGCACUUGAUUGGGCUUGUGGACCAGGGAAAGUUGAGUGCUCACCUUUGUUGCAGGGGCAUCCAUGUUAUGAGCCUGAUAAUGUGGUUUCCCAUUCAACAUAUGCUUUCAAUGCGUAUUUCCAGCAGAUGGCCAAGUCUCCUGGGACCUGUGAUUUCAAGGGGGUGGCUACCAUCACUACAACUGAUCCAAGUCAUGGUUCCUGUAUAUUUCCUGGAAGUAUUGGAAAAAACGGCACCAUAACCAAUGGCACAUCACUGGCUCCUUCGUCAAACUCCACAAGUUCAGGCUGCGCAUCACAAUAUUCCUAUGGAACUGGUUCUUUCACAACCUCUGUGAUAAUAGCUGUUUUACUUAUGAGUGCUGUUUUCUUGUAGAACUUGUUUGUAUUUGCCCUUCGGUCUUUAACACCAUUGAAAAAUUUAAAUUUCGGGAAAUUGGAUUCCAUUUCUGUUGGAAUAUUUGCAGCAUACCCAGUUUUGUUUCUCCUAGAGGAGUUGAGUUGCAGGGUGGCAAAUUUGACUGAACAUAUGGAUAGCAAGUAGAUUUAAGAUGAGUUGGGUUCAUUGUCAUUGGAUUUUGUACAAACAAGCCGAAGGAUUAUUCAAAAUUGUUGCUGUGUAGGUGUAGCUAUCUUGUUGAGGUUGGGCUUGUAUUCUUUAUACUGGAUUUGCAGUGUCCUUUUUGAUU